AUGUAUCUGACACUUAUAGAUGAAAUUAAAAAGGCUCUUCCAAAUGAGCCAGAUGUGAAGCUACUUGAUAAUUGUAUGAAUAAUGAUUUCAGAUCCAAAAAAUAAAAGCUUGAGGAUUCAUUUACUGAUGGUGAUGAACCUCCAUAUGAUGUUAAAGUUGAAUUACCUGUUUUAAUUUCAUAAGUUCCAAAUCUGUAAGGCAAUUAAAAUGGGCCUGCUAAAAGAAUCACAAUUCGAAAUAUAAAACUGUUAAAGCCCACUACUACCAAGUACUCUCUCACCAAUUUUGUACAAUUCUUUAUUAGCUUAAAUGAAAGAACCUGA